GGUGUUUGGCAGCCGCAGGGGUGCCCGCAGCCCCCUCCCCAUCCCGAGGACGCCGCUUUCCCAUUGCACAUUCUCUCCGGGCGGCGGCGCCGCCUCCGCUCGGCCCCGCCGGCUCGAAGAUGGCGACGCGGCGCAGCCGGGCUGCCCCGCUGCCCCCGGUGCUGCCGGCCGCCCUCCUGCUGCCGCUGCUGCUGCUGGCGGGCGGGCACCGCGCCCCGACCGGGCCCCUCCGCCUCUACGGGCAGGUCAGCCUCAAUGAUUCCCACAAUCAGAUGGUCGUUCACUGGGCAGGAGAGAAGAGCAACGUGAUCGUGGCCUUGGCCAGAGACAGCCUGUCUUUGCUGGGUCCCAAAAACAGCGAUGUUUAUGUUUCGUACGACUAUGGGAAGGGUUUUAAGAGGAUUUCAGAGAAGUUCAGCUUUGAUGGGGGGAACAGCAGCGAGGUGGCCAUCGCCCAGUUCUACCACAGCCCAGCCGACAACAAGAGGUAUAUCUUCGUGGAUGCCUUUGUCCCGUACCUCUGGAUCACCACUGACUUCUGCAACACCAUUCAGGGCUUCUCGAUUCCCUUCAGAGCAGCAGACCUCCUCCUGCACAGCAGAAACCCCAACCUCCUCCUGGGCUUUGACAGGGCUCAUCCUAAAAAACAGCUCUGGAAAUCAGAUGAUUUUGGCUGGACCUGGAUAAUGAUUCAGGAACAUGUGAAGACUUUUUCUUGGGGAGUUGAGCCCUACGAUAAGCCAAACACGGUGUACAUUGAGCGGCAUGAGCCUUCUGGGGCUUCGACUGUCAUUCGCAGCACCGAUUUCUUUCAAAGCCGAGAAAAUAAAGAAAUAAUCCUGGAAGAUGUUGAAGAUUUCCAGCUCAGGGACAAAUACAUGUUUGCAACAAAGUCAGUGCAUUUGCAAGGCAGCUCGCAGCCACCUUCAGUCCAGCUCUGGGUUUCCUUCAACCGCAAGCCAAUGCGCGUGGCACAGUUCGUAACCAAGCAUCCAAUUAAGGAAUAUUAUGUUGCUGAUGCCUCAGAGGACCAGGUGUUUGUGUGCGUCAGCCAUGAUGACAACCGUACCAACCUCUACAUCUCGGAGGCAGAAGGCCUGAAGUUCUCUCUGUCUUUAGAGAAUGUUCUGUACUACAGCCCGGGAGGGGCUGGAAGUGACACCUUGGUCAGGUACUUUGCCAACGAGCCCUUUGCGGACUUCCAUCGCGUUGAAGGCGUGCGUGGCGUCUACAUUGCCACCCUGAUCAAUGGCUCCUUCAGCGAGGAGAACAUGCGCUCCGUCAUCACCUUUGACAAGGGGGGCACCUGGGAGCUGCUGCAGCCACCAGCACAGACGCGCUACGGCGAGCAGAUUGACUGCGAGCUUUCUCAGGGCUGCUCUCUCCACCUGGCCCAGCGCCUGAGCCAGCUUCUUAAUUUCCAGCUGCGUAGGAUGCCCAUUCUCUCCAAGGAGUCGGCGCCUGGACUGAUCAUCGCCACUGGCUCUGUUGGCAAGAACAUGGCAAGGAAAACCAAUGUGUAUGUGUCGAGCAGCGCUGGAGCAAGGUGGAGAGAGGCGCUGUCUGGACCCCACUAUUACACGUGGGGUGACCAUGGUGGCAUUCUCGUGGCCAUCGCACAAGGCACCGAGACCGACCAGCUCAAGUACAGCACAAAUGAAGGGGAAACCUGGAAAACAUUCACUUUCUCUGAGAAGCCGAUGUUUGUGUAUGGCCUGCUUACUGAGCCGGGGGAGAAAAGCACCAUCUUCACUAUCUUCGGCUCGUACAAAGAGAAUGGCCACAGCUGGCUGAUCCUGCAGAUCAACACCACUGACGUGCUGGGGGUCCCUUGCACAGAGAACGACUACAAACUGUGGUCGCCCUCCGACGAGCGAGGCAAUGAAUGCUUACUGGGGCAUAAAACCAUUUUCAAAAGGAGGACCCCUCAUGCGACCUGCUUCAAUGGGGAAGAUUUUGACAGGCCUAUCAUGGUCUCCAACUGCUCUUGCACAAGGGAAGACUUUGAAUGUGAUUUUGGCUUUAAACUGAGCGAUGACUUAUCAUUAGAAAUUUGCGUCCCUGACCCUGAAUUUGCUGGGAAACCAUAUGACCCACCAGUCCCCUGCCCCGUUGGCUCAACGUACAAGAGGACUCGAGGCUACCGGAAGAUCUCUGGGGACACUUGUACAGGUGGAGACAUUGAGUCACGGCUCGAAGGGGAGCUGGUACCAUGCCCACUGGCUGAGGAGAACGAGUUCAUUCUCUAUGCCACCCGCUACUCGAUCCACCGCUACGACCUCGCCUCCGGCGUCAGCGAGGAGCUGCCCCUGGCCGGGCUGCGAGGGGCUGUUGCUCUAGACUUCGACUACGACCACAACUGCUUGUACUGGGCUGAUGUCACUCUUGACAUUAUACAGCGGCUUUGUCUCAACGGCAGCUCUGGGCAAGAAAUAAUCAUAAGCACCGGGCUGGAAACAGUGGAAGCUUUGGCCUUUGAACCUCUCAGUCAGUUGCUGUACUGGGUUAACGCCGGGAUUCCCAAAAUUGAGGUUGCCAAUCCAGAUGGAGACCUGCGACUCACCGUCCUCAAUUCCUCAAUACUUGAACGACCCAGAGCCCUCGCCCUCGUUCCCCGAGACGGGUUGAUGUUCUGGACAGACUGGGGGGACUCCAGAGCUGGCAUUUACAGAAGCGACAUGGACGGGUCAUCAGCCAGGUGCAUUGUUUCAGAGGGUGUGCGGUGGCCGAAUGGCAUUUCUGUGGAUGAGCACUGGAUCUACUGGACCGAAGCUUACAUGGACAGGAUUGAGAGGGUUGAUUUCAACGGGCUGCGGAGAUCUGUGAUCCUGGACAGCCUCCCUCACCCCUACGCUAUUGCUGUAUUUAAGAAUGAAAUCUACUGGAACGACUGGUCACAGCUGAGUAUUUUCAGAGCAUCCAAAACCAGCGGCUCAAGAAUGGAGGUCUUAGUUGGCCGAUUAAAUGGGAUCAUGGACAUGAAAAUCUUUUACAGAGGAAAAACAACAGGGCAGAACGCCUGCAUCACCAAGCCCUGCAGCCUGCUCUGUCUGCCCAAGUCGAACAACGGCAGGAGCUGCAAGUGCCCCGAGGGGGUGUCCAGCACCAUGUUGCCCACAGGGGAGUUGAAAUGUGACUGUCCUCAUGGCUACAUCAUGAAGAACACCACUUGCAUAAAGGAAGAAAACACGUGUCUGCCAAACCAGUACAGAUGCUUCAAUGGAAACUGCAUAAACAGCAUUUGGCAGUGUGACAACGAUAACGACUGCGGGGACAUGAGCGAUGAGAAGAACUGCCCCACCACCGUGUGCGACACUGAGAACCAGUUCCGCUGCCAGGGCUCAGGGACCUGCAUCCCGCUGUCCUACAAAUGUGACCUGGAGGAUGACUGCGGAGAUAAUAGCGAUGAAAGUCACUGUGAGGCUCACCAGUGUCGAAAUGAUGAAUUCAGCUGCAGUUCAGGGAUGUGCAUUCGUCUUUCCUGGAUGUGUGAUGGAGAUAACGAUUGCAGGGACUGGUCUGAUGAAGCAAACUGCACCGCAGUAUUUCACACCUGUGAGGCCUCCAGCUUCCAGUGCCAGAACGGCCACUGCAUCCCGCAGCGCUGGGCCUGCGACGGAGAUGCCGAUUGCCAGGACGGUUCCGAUGAGGACCCAGCCAACUGUGAAAAAAAGUGCAAUGGCUUCCAGUGCCCGAAUGGCACUUGCAUCCCAACCAGCAAACACUGCGACGGCAUCAACGACUGCUCUGAUGCCUCAGAUGAGCAGCACUGCGAACCCCUGUGCACCCGCUACAUGGAUUUUGUGUGCAAGAACCGACAGCAGUGCUUGUUCCACUCCAUGGUGUGCGAUGGCAUCAUCCAGUGUCGAGAUGGAUCAGAUGAAGAUGCUAACUAUGCUGGCUGCUCCCAGGACCCUGAGUUCCACCGGACCUGUGACCAGUUCAGCUUUCAGUGCCAGAACGGCGUGUGCAUCAGCCUGGUGUGGAAGUGCGAUGGGAUGGAUGACUGUGGCGAUUACUCCGAUGAAGCAAACUGUGAAAAUCCAACGGAGGCUCCAAACUGCUCCCGGUACUACCAGUUCCAGUGUGGGAAUGGGCACUGCAUCCCCAAUCGGUGGAAGUGUGAUGGGGAAAAUGACUGCGGGGACUGGUCUGAUGAGAAGGAGUGCGAGGGUUCUCCUGUUCAUCCCGUUACUACAUCGAUCCCACCGACAUGUUUACCGAAUCACUUCCGUUGCAACAGUGGCGCCUGCAUCAUGAACAGCUGGGUCUGCGACGGCUACAAGGACUGCAAUGAUGGCUCCGAUGAGGAAGCCUGCCCUACGUCACGACCCAACGUGACGACCACCUCACCGGUGCUCCCUGGCCGCUGCAGCAGGUUCGAGUUCGAGUGCCAGCAGCUGCACAAGUGCAUCCCCAAUUGGAAGCGAUGUGAUGGCUUGCGGGACUGCCAGGACGGCACGGAUGAGCGGAACUGCCCUACUCACAGCACCCUGUCGUGCCCCAGUGGUUAUAAAUGUGAGGACGGAGAGGCCUGCAUAAUGGUGACAGAGCGGUGUGAUGGAUAUCUGGACUGCUCAGAUAGCAGCGAUGAGAGGAACUGUACUGAUGACACCAUCGUGUACAAAGUCCAGAACCUCCAGUGGACGGCAGAUUUUUCCGGCGAUGUCACUCUGACAUGGGCUCGGCCAAAACGAAUGUCCUCGACCUCCUGUGUCUACAACGUCUAUUACAGGAUGGUCGGUGAAAGCAUUUGGAAGAUUUUGGAAACCCACAGCAACAAAACUAACAGCGUUUUGAAAGUCCUCAAGCCUGACUGCACCUAUCAGGUCAAAGUCCAAGUGCAGUGUCUCAGCCGAGUCUACAACACCAAUGACUUCAUCACCCUCCGGACACCCGAAGGAUUACCGGAUGCUCCCUUUAACCUUCAGCUGUCACUGAAAAAAGAAGCUGAGGUUGUGGUGAUGGGCUGCUGGAGUCCCCCCGUGAACGCCCACGGCCUCAUACGGGAAUUCAUCGUGGAAUACAGCAGGAGUGGAUCCAAGGAGUGGUCAUCCCUUAGAACCACCAGGAACUACACAGAGAUCAGGAACUUACAGGUCAACACGUUAUACACAGUUAGAGUUGCUGCAGUAACUAGUCGAGGAGUGGGAAAUUGGAGUGAUUCCAAAUCCAUAACCACCGUAAAAGGCAAAGUCAUUCCUCCACCAGUCAUACACAUCGAGAGCUACAGUGAGGACUCCAUAAGUUUCAGCCUAAAAAUGACUACUAAUAUCAAGGUCAGCGGUUACGUUGUGAACAUCUACUGGACAUUUGAUACGCACAGACAGGAAAAAAGGACUCUGAUCAUAGAAGGAGAAAAGUCCAUCCAAAAAGUGGCCAAUUUGACAGCACGUACCCCUUACGAAAUUUCUGCAUGGGCUAAGACGGAGCUGGGUGACAGCCCUCUGUCUUUUGUACACGUGGUGACCAGUGGGACAAGACCUGCAUCACCAAGUCUCAAAGCCAAGGCCAUCAACCAGACUGCAGUGGAGUGCAGCUGGACCGGACCAAGGAAUGUCGUCUAUGGCAUCUUCUAUGCCACGUCCUUCCUGGAGCUGUACAGGAGCCCUCACAACACCACCACCACCUCUCACAACAUCACUGUGAUCGUGCAGCGGGAUGAGCAGUACCUGUUUCUGGUCCGUGUGAUGUCUCCCUACCAAGGGCCUCCAUCUGACUACGUUGUGGUGAAGAUGAUUCCUGACAACCGGCUUCCCCCUCGGCAUCUCCACUCAGUGCACACUGGAAAGACGUUCGCAGUCAUUAAGUGGGAAUCACCCUACGACUCGCCUGACCAGGACAUGUUGUAUGCUGUCGCAGUUAAAGAUUUAGUAAGAAAAGCAGAUAAAAUCUACAAAGUGAAAACCCGGAACAGCACUGUGGAGUACACCAUUAAGAAACUUGAACCGGGAGGCAAAUACCAUGUGAUUGUUCAACUGGGAAAUAUGAGUAAAGAAUCCAGCGUGAAGAUCAACACAGUUCCACUGUCUGCACCAGAUGCCUUAAAAAUCAUAACAGAAAAUGACCACAUUCUGCUUUUUUGGAAGAGCUUGGCAUUAAAGGAAAGUAAUUUCAAUGAAAGUCGGGGUUAUGAGAUUCACAUGUUUGACAGCUUGAUGAACAUCACGGCUUAUCUGGGCAACACCACAGAAAACUUCUUCAAAGUUUCCAACCUGAAGAUAGGGCACAACUAUUCAUUCAGCGUUCAGGCCAGGUGCCUGUACAGCGGGCAGAUGUGCGGUGAGCCGGCCACGCUUCUCUAUGAUGAGCUAGGAACUGGCGAAGACUCCUCUGCAUCAAAAACUGGUAGAUCCACAGAUAUCGCUGCCGUCGUGGUACCGGUGCUGUUCCUGCUGCUGGUGACCCUCGGGAUCGGGUUCGUGGUGCUCUACAUGAGGCACAGACGGCUGCAGAACAGCUUCACUGCAUUUGCAAACAGCCACUACAGCUCCCGCCUGGGCUCAGCCAUAUUCUCCUCAGGAGAUGAUUUAGGAGAUGAGGAUGAUGAAGCCCCAAUGAUAACUGGAUUUUCAGAUGAUGUUCCCAUGGUCAUCGCAUGAAGCGCAUUUCUGACUGUACAAACCAAAUGGUGUAAAUAUUUUAUUUGAUAAAAAUAGUUGACUGUUUAUUUUAAAAAUGCACUUUGAGUUGCAAUAUGUUAUUUUUAUAUGGGCCAAAAAAGAAUUUAAAAAUACACUUUGUAGUAAUCAACUGUGAAUUGCAGUCUAGGUUGUUUUAGUAACAAAUUGCUUUGAUUUAACAUUAAUUUAGUCUUACAGGGCUAUGCUUGCUGGGCAUGCUUUUAAGUCUGUGAGAUAUUUUCUGUUAACUAAAUUGGCUACCCAUUUUAUUUUUCUAAGACAAGAAUAAAUUUAUUUAAAAAGAAAUUCAGGAGAUUAUAUAUGUAGAGAGAGAGAAGUAAUAUAGUCCCUGAAGGUUUUGCUUUUACUUUAAAUACAAAAAAUCCUUUAGACUUUUUUUUUUAUAUAGAAGUAUUUUUGUUGUGUUAAUUUAUUGGGAAAUCUGCUUGAGAACAGAUUUCCAAAGUCGUCAGACAUUGUACACAUUAUUGUGUAGAACAUGUGCCACUUUAUCUUGCGAGGCAGUAGGAUCUUGGCAUCCCUGUCAUUGUUCUUCCCACGAUAGUAAAAAAUCCUUAUUUUUACAUAUUCCCACCCGCUCUCUUAUUAAAAGAAUCUUUCAGCAAUCUCGGAGCCUAAGUCAAGAUGCUGCAGCGUAUCCCUUAUGUAGGAGUCUAUCUUCUUGCUGCCGUAACUCUAAGAGAAAGCAUCCAGGCUGCACCAAACCACGGUGCUGAGGGUUGUGCAAACCCUUGAAUGGUGAUGCUAAGGGCUGUUAGCAGGAGGGUUUCUGGGGCUGUUCCUGCACGAGAGCGGCAGCAGCACUGCAGAAUCCUUCUGCAGUGCCAUGCUAGCACCCAGACCUCAUAGUUUUGACCUUUCAGGUGUGCAGUGACAACAAUCCAUGCCAUGCCCUACCCUCCCACUGCUGCCCAAACCCCUUUGGAGGGCACCUGCAGCCACUGAGCUGCUGACCAUUAAUCUGUAGUUUACAUCACUGAAAAAGCUUGCCCUUACCCCCUUCAAACACAUUCCCCAGCUAAUCAGGACCCCAUUCCUCCAUGGAGUUCCUUUAAGAUGCUGCUAUGUCAGUGGGACGGAAGGGGGAGCCUCCACUGUGAGGAAACAGCUUCGCAUACAGAUUUUUCCAUGGUCCUACAGAGCCGUAAAUCUAAAUUCAUUUGGUUUACAGCAGGGAUUCAAUCCUCCUUCAUUAGUGUUUUCUAAAAGUAGCUGUAGUUGUACCUUCAGCUUUAGAAGGAACGUAUAUAUCCACAUAUAUAUAUUAUUUUCCCACCCAUCUCACAUUCCCAGUAGACAUAAUGCAGGCAACAGAGCUGAGCAGUAGAAAUGUCUGGUAACCACUGUUGAGGUUUUUUUUUUGUGAUAGCAAAAUGUGAAUCUCCCCAUGAAUCCAACCCCCUUGCCAAGCCAAGAGCGGCAACACGAGCGGAUGUUCACGGGUCACGUCUGGCCGUGCUCUAUAUGCAAAGCUUCGCACCGGUGAAAUACAGCACAUUGUCUUGUUUCCUUUGUUUAAACCAAGAAUAUUUUUGCAGUGUAAAUUCAGUUCGAAUUGCAGUCUUCCUAGAGAUGAAACGAGAGAGGCCAACUAUGUUUUGAUACAUGACCGAUCCAUUUAAUUUCACAUAUAUAAAAAAAUAGAAGUUCUAUGUGGUUUGAUAUUCUAUAGAAAUACUGACUCUAUUUUCAAUUACUGGUGUUAUCAUUCCCGGUGACAGAUUUUUUUCCCCCAAACUGGGACCAAACUAUACUCAGAUUUUUAUAAGUAGCAGCGAUCUUAGAGUUGUCAUAUUUUUAUCUUGUUAGCAGGUCAGGUGCUGUUCAGGAGUGAAAAAUUUGAGUAAAUCAACCCAGCACGUAUAGCUUGAUUUAGCUGGAAAUACAGCUACAUAGAGAGACCAGAAUCUGACCAGAGACUGAACUGUUUUUUCUAAAGAUAUAAAUCAAGUAUUUCAUAUAGGAAAGAAAGCCUAAUAGCAGAGAUAAAGUGUAGUGAACUCCUUCCUUAUUAAGCAAGCUUUUCUGGCACAAGUAUUGGAAAAAAAAGUUAUAGCGCCCCAGAUGAUGGUACUUCACUGGUGAGAAUCGCUGUUGGUCGUGUACUACUGCUUUACACCCCAGGGGUAAAUCCUGCUUGAAUACAGCGAGUAGAGUUUAGCCCAUCUUUAUCUGGAAGACAGAUGCCAAGGGGACCCUUGUAACCACUUUAUAUUCUGCAGAAAUCCCGUGGCUGGAUGCUUAUCUAGCGUCAGUCGGGGACAGGUCACUUCUGGCCACUCUGAAAGGCUCCAUUGUACGCGUGGCUCAGCCACAGUCGGCUGGAGCUCAGCCUAUUGCCAGCAAAGCAUUCUGUCAGACUAGCAUCCUUAAAGCCACCACUCCGAAUUACCUGGGCCUCCCUAACACACCCUGCGUGGAACGGAGUCCUUUGUGGUCACCCCCGCGUUGCACGGGGGGUUUGGGGGCACUGCAGCAGGCAGGCUUAGCGCAAAGCUGGAUUUCUCUUUCCAUGGACAGUACUGUAAUGCACGGGCACGCCCGACCGUCCGAGACUCUCCCUUCAUUGCAAAAAUCACCACUGUGCUCUCAGCAAAGCAGCUUCACAGGGCUAGUGUAUUUUGUAUAGAGAUAGAAGUCCAAGCCCCAGGUGGGGAGUGGGCAGGAUAGAUGCAAUUCUGGGUAAAGUGUAUAUUUUUUAUGAACUUUUGAAGCACAGAAUCUUGUUCACAGAGAUGUAUAAGGGGUGGGAGGGUUCUGGUGUAAAUACGGUACCUGGAUGUGUAUUUUGUUCUGGUUUUGUUUCAGUAGCCUAAUGCAAUGUGAAGCGUUACCCUUACUUUGGGGAGGUGACUGGGGUUUACCUCAUAGCAAUCCAGUGCAAUGUUCAGAUCCAUAAGGCAAAAAAAGGGUUUGGGAAGUAUCCUGGAUAGGAGGAUCUUCUCCCAGUUGAUUUAUGUUUGCACCCCUUUCAGAUCUCACUGCAGUCACCUGCCAGUACUCUGAAGUCCAUUUGAACCAAAGACUGAAGUCAAAGGCUAAAAUCUGGUGGGGUUUUGGAGCAUGAGGUUCAUUUUGCUUUGACUUGGGAUAUUUGGAGGGGUGUUUUGUGCAUUUUUGGGGUUUAGGUUUUUACAAGAAAAGACAAGGAGCGGCCACAUUUUCCAGGCUUGAGAUUUGAACACCCGUUCAAGGUCAAAAAAAGCGAUCCUUUCAGCCUAAAUAAAUCACAUCACUCUUUUCGGCCAUCGCUGCCUCCUCCGUAAAAAGGCUUUGGCAAGCGGGUAACCCCAGCUCCCACGUGCACAUGCAGCCACCCCUGUGGAGCCCAGGACCCUCUCUGGGUGCACGCAGGAGCCAAGCCAGGGCAUGAGCUCACAGUUCGGCCAACAGCCCGCACCUCAGAGAAAUGCCAAGAGGAGCUGCAGAGAGGGGUGAAGCACAUCGUGUUGACCUCAGGGGAAAGCUGUGCAUGCAGGGGAAAGGGAUAUUUCAUCUGCAGAAUAGCUGGCGUGCUCUAAGUCCCCACCCCAGCUAACCCUGCCAUAACUUGUUCCAUGUGCUCCUGCCUUGACACAGCAUUAGCAGGAAAGCACUGCAGAUUUAGUGCUGGGAAAAGGACUAUUUUCCUUGGACAGGGCUCAAGUUACAUAUUCCUAGAUGUAUAGGAGUGUAUACUCGGCCAGAAAGGCGAGGAGAAAGCAUACGAGAGCGAGGGAGCCUGUGAUAACACCGGCUGCCAACAUCCACACCAUCAUCUUUCGGCCUUGUGACUAAAGAACCUUUGUGUUUGCAGGGUGCAAGACACCUUGGAGGUCCCACAAUGGUGUGGCUUCUUGCUGGCUUCUAGAAACCCUGAGACAUGGAACCUGAAAGCUCUUGUCUGAGUGGAGAGGGAUCUGCCCCACCCAGACAACCAGCAGGGCAGGAUUAUUUACUAAUCCAGUUCCUAGAGCCCCAAAAUCACCUUGGCCACCAGGGAAAGCUCACCCGGGACAUUGGCUCUCCUGGACCAGCACAAGCUUUCCAUCAGGGCAGUCUUAGGGUCUGCACCCUUGAAAUCUCAUAGUAGGGACUGAGAAAUAUUUAAUGACAAACUUCACUGGUGGAAAUGUAAGACACGUUCAGGAAAGACCAAAAUAACAUUUUCUGAAACAACUUUCGAGUCUCCUUCAAAUGGACUUCAGGAGGGAAAUGGUGCAAUGGAGUGAGUUACUCUUGGACCCAGAGAGCAUCUUCAUUACUGGAACUAGCUGUAACAUUCAUAAUUAAUCCUUCAAAAUGUGCAGCCAGUCUAUAAUGAGUUUUUUUAGAGGUAGUGUCAACAUCUAAUCCAGUUCCUUAAGUGAAGUUUAAUAUGAUACCAUUGGAAUUGCUACUCUGUGUCAUUUUAUUUUUCAGUCACUGAUUUCUGCUCUGUUAUUAUUGCACAAUUUUGAAGGAAUUUUUGUCUGUCGAUUUUUUCCACUUGAUGAUAAUAAUAAAAAUUGGGUAAACAAAAUAUUUUUUUGGUUUCCAAAAUUAUUAUUUAGCUUCUGUGCAUCU